UCUAGGAAGCAAGAUUAAGGAUGGACAGGAAGAGAUUGGUACAAAACAUUCUUGGUUUACUAUAAAGGUCGCACUCCUAAUGGGGUCAUCAGCAGCUGGAAGAUGCGCGAAAUAAACGCAACUUCUUUGCCAGAAAACCAGGUAUGAAUAUGUUGCUCUUGGAAGCAAGAAAUUAAUUAAGCCUAAUAUUUAUUAAUUAUUAUUCUUUUGUUUCUGUAAAUCAUUGAAUUCUUCAUCCUGUUUUGUCUUGCAAAUUGUGCAUCGGAGUUUCAUUCUGUGUAAAUUAAUUGAUAGGUCAGAUAAUGAAGGUUAUCUGCCAAACUACAAUGAGGGUACAAUAUGGCUUGCUCUGAUUCCUAUCAGAUGACUAACUAUUCAAGCUUCAAUGCUGGUGAAACAAGCUGGUCUGAAAACCAAGCAACAUAUAAUGGAAUUCUACAACAGGAAGCUACUGAGCUAGCACCAUAUCCGGAAUCAUUCCAUGGCUGGACUGGGCGGAAUUGCAUAUCAAGUAACUGGCCUGUGCCACCUGAAGCAGAGCAAGGCCAAUUUUAUGGUAAUUUUGGCACUCCCAUGCUCCCACCCGAGGCAGAGCAAGGCCAAUUUUACAGUACUUUUGGCACUCCCAUGCUCCCACCCGAAGCAUCCCAGUUCUAUGGGAACACCUACUGAGUUUAAGCAUAUCAAUCAGCACGAAAAAAAGAGUGAUGUUAGAACUAGUAUGAAUGUAUAAUAAGAGAGAUCAUCUAUGAUGAUUCAUCUCAACUCUAGUGUGUGCUUUAUUUUUAGUUUCUUUCUAUUUUGCUAUCUUCCUUAAUGUAAAAGUCUGUAUCAGGAACUAAUAUAGCUUGUUCCACCAAGGCUUCUGUACUUACGAAUUCCAUGCUCUGCAGACAUUGAAUAAAAGUAUCUUAGGCACUUUAGCUAAUGCGGUCUUGCUUUAGUGGUAAAGGGUGACGCCUUGGAAUCAAGAGAUCCCCGGUUCAAUUCUUACACUUGUCCAGUUAAUUAUUGGGUAUUUGUAUUAUUUAUCUAUUUAUUAAAUUAUAUAUAUUUAUCCAUUUA